AUCAAAUCAAGUUCUAGAUAUCUAUAUAGAUCUAGAUCUAUAUACAUGGACGUCAUAGAAUAGAUCUAUAUUCAUAUAUUGAUCUAAUCUAUAGAUUUAUAGAUCAACAUUUCAUUGUACAUCUCUAGCCUCCAUAUAUGAAUGAUAUAGUCAAUAUAUAAUAUAAUAGAUUAGUCGCACUUCACUAGACUGUCUAGAUUAGACUAACUUAUUACUAACUAGAUUCAAGAUUGUCUAGAUCUAGAUACUACUAGACUAUUCUAGACUAGAGAUAUCAUAUAAUUCAUAUAUGAUAUACUCAUGAUAUAGUAGAUUAGAUCUAGACCUAGAUGUUUGAAUUGUUUGAUCAUUUUCUAGACACAUUAAAUUGUCAUUGAUAAUCUAGUUUCUAUGGCUUUCACUAAGUUUGUUAUACGUGCAUUUAGUACAUCAACAUUACAUUUCAAUGCAGUUAAAACUGUAACUGUUAUCGGUAGUGGCUUAAUGGGUUCGGGAAUCGCCCAGGUAGCUGCUGCAACUGGUCAUAAAGUUACCCUGGUUGAUAAAACUAAAGAAAUAGUAGACAAAGCUGAAGUUUCUAUUAAAAAAAGCAUUGAUCGUAUUGUGAAGAAAAAGUUUCCAGAUGAUGCUAAGGCACAACUAAAGUAUUCUACUGAUGUUUUAGCCAAUCUUAACAUGUCUACUGAUGUGUUGACUGCUGUUAAGUCUUCAGAUCUAGUUAUUGAGGCUAUUGUAGAAAAUUUGGAUGUUAAGAGAGAGCUUUUUGGUUUAUUGGACAAUGCUGCUCCUGAAAAAACACUCUUUGCAAGUAACACUUCAUCAAUACCAAUAAAAGACAUAGCUUCUGUUACUAAAAGAAAAGAUAAAUUUGGAGGUUUACAUUUCUUCAACCCUGUUCCAUUGAUGAAAUUAUUAGAGGUUAUUAGAAUUCCAGAAACUUCAGAUGAAACUUAUAAUUUAUUAGAUGCAUUUGGAAAAGCACUUGGGAAGACAACUGUACAAUGUAAGGACACACCUGGUUUCAUAGUCAAUAGACUUUUGGUGCCUUACAUGGUUGAGGCAAUCAGACUUGUGGAAAGAGGUGAUGCCAGUCCCAGAGAUGUGGAUACAGCAAUGAAACUAGGUGCUGGUUACCCAAUGGGACCAUUUGAACUUCUGGACUAUGUUGGUUUAGAUACUACCAAAUUUAUCAUUGAUGGUUGGUCCAAAAGAGAUCCAGAAAACCCAUUAUUUAAACCUUCACCUAUUUUGAACAAAUUGGUAGAUGACAAUAAAUUGGGUUUAAAGACUGGAGAAGGUUUCUACAAAUAUAACAAACAAUAGAUUGUUGCUGGAUGUAACCUAUUUUAUUAAAUGUUAUGAUGCCAUAUUUAUGGAUACUUGAAAAGCUUUAUAGAUGAUAGUGUUUGAAUUUCUUAUAGACAUUUGUUCUUUAUAUUUUCUGCAAAUAUCAGUUUACAUUUAUUGAUAUGCUGAUAUAUGUACAUCUAUUACUGGUUAAAUUUACAUAUAUAUAUAUUACAGUUCUGAUUAUUGCUUUUAUUAAGAAAUUUAAUUGUAACUGUUAUUUACAGUAAACUUGAGUCUUUCAAUUAAUAUUCAUGUAAUAAAACAUUAUUUUUUACUCCUAUGUUGUAACCCCCUAAAAAUAGAAAAGAAAAUAACUAGGAGACAAUAAAAUUAGAACCAAGUAAUAAUAAUAUGCUGGUAAUGGAUUGCACCUUUAUUCUUGCUCUUGUUCCUUAUUUAGCACUUGUAGCAACAUAUUUAUUAGUUAAUAGCUUCACAUAAUCCUAUUUUAAGGUUUUUAAUGUUCAAGAAAGUUACCAAGUUAAUUUUUGUAUUUACAGGCUUAUGUAUCAUUUGUAAAAGAAUUAAAGAAGUUGUUUUAGUUUCUACCCAGACAUUGCUUUAUGGUUUUGAAAAUAGCACAGCUUCUCUUUAAUUUCCCUGAUAAUUUAUGCUUCAUUAGAUUAGUGGUAAUUUUAUUUCUUCUCUCCCAUUUUUAUAGUUUUGUAUGCUUAUGUUUUGUUUUGUCUUAAAAAGUGCCUUUUUCUAUAUUCAGUCAUGUAUCAUCAUAUUUUUAAUCAUGUUCAAAAGAUGUAUCAUACUAAAAGAAAAAUUGCUGCAUAAUUGCAAAUGCACUUAAUGGAAAUAGUUUUCUUUCACACUUUUUAUUGUAUUUAUACUGGUAAUGACAUUUUAAAUCCUAAUCAACUAUAAUUGAUUGAUUUGAGGGUCUAGUCUAGAUAAUCAACAAAAUGAGGUACCAAUCCACUGGGUUUGAAAAAAAAAGUUUUAUAUAAAAUACAAUAGUUUCAAUAAUUUCUACAAUUAUCAGAUAACAUAUUGUCUUCCAUCAUGGAUGACAUUGUUAAAAUCAUGAAUGGCAGUUUCAGUCUCAGCCCUCACUUAGACACAGAUUUUACUUAAUACGCUAUUAUUAUUAUCAAUAUAUAACUUUUAAAGCUGUCAUGGUUUAGCCUAUAUGGUUGUCACAUAUCUAGAUUGCACUCUUUACUAAUAGCAACAGAAGUUGUUCAGUGUCAUGAUCACCAAAAGCAGUAGAUAUGUACAGCUGUGGUGUCAUUUGAGAAAGUAUUUGUAUUGAAUUUGCGUUAUGCGCCACUGACCAACAAGGCAGCUUGUUUAAAUUCAGUGACUUCACAUAUUUAGUACAUUUAGCUGAUUAAAACAAAAAGGAGUUUCUGAACAGAGAUAUUCUUUUCCUAGUCGCCGUUUCUCAACCUUUACUCAGACUGAUAUUUUUCUUGUUAAAUAUAAAUUUUGGACUAUAACUCACAAUUUAUACUUGAAUCCUAAAAAUGGAAAAAAAAUUUAGAGUAGAAUCUAAUUGGUCCACUUAAUUUCUCCUCCCACUUUCAAUUUUUUUUUUUUUUAGAGCUUUGAAUUAUAGUUCGGUAGCAAAACAAAGUAACAAACAUGCCUAUUGAACAAAAUGUAUCACUUACAAAUGAGCUUUUUUAAAAACUAUUAUUUUUCGAAUAAGCCUUAAUCUAAAUAUAUCUUAUCUUUUCAAGGAACAAAUCGGUUGUAUUUGCAAUGUAGUAAGGGCCUAUAAAUUCAUAUUAGAAUAUUUUUCAAGUAAAACAUUAUUCAAAAGGUCCUUUUUUAAUAGGAUGAAUAAUGAGUUAUAGAUGUCAAGAGAAUGCAAGAAAACGCUUUGGCGUCGGGGCUUCGCCCCCAACCCCAAAUAGUGCAGCUUGCAACGUUCCCCCAGACCCCCUAGCUGUCAAGAGAAACGCCUCAACAUGACUGUUUUUUUUUUCUUUUUCGCCGAAGGUUGAGAAACACUGCUUUUUAAAAAAAUCUCAUCUAUCUAUCUAUAGGAAAUGUAAUGUACUAGUUUAGAGAGUAGGUUAGUUUUGUUAGUUAAAUAUAUUAUAUAUAGUUUUAGCGACGGUAGAAAGACAGACUAAUGACGUAGUAGACUUAGGCGAACAAGAGACCAACAUGGCGUUAUGUUAGAAGUAGGUUGUGUUUUGAAUAGUAGUUAGAUAUAGCGACGUUUUAGGAAGACUGGACGGAUUUCCCAGUGGUUAAUAAAGUCUCAUUUUAUAGAA